UCGAUAGUCUCUCUCUUCCAACGUCCUCCAUGGCUGAAAAUGAAGAUGAUGUUGCCCUUUCUCGUUUCUUCAAGGUUUUCCUCUCAGAAACAGCCUCUGAAUCAAUGGCCAUCCCAAUGUCCUUUAAUGAGCAUCUAGAAGAUCCACUUCCACGGAAAGCUAAGCUCCAAGGCACUGGAGGUGGAGUUUGGACUGUGAGCUUCACCACAAUACGUGACUGUGCUUAUUUCUCAUCUGGAUGGUCCAAAUUUGCAGAGGACCAUGAACUCAAGGACGGUGAGUUCUUGACCUUUGUCUAUGAUGGUCACCCCACGUUUGAAGUGCGUGUCUUCGGUCAUAGUCGUUGUAAAGAGACAAGAGCAGUUGUGGAGACAGUGGAGCUUUCUGAUUCUGAUGAUGAAGAAGAAGAAGAUUCUUCAGUGGAAGCUGAUGGUGAAGUUGAAGAAGUCAGCCAGAGUAUCUAUCCUGUUGACAGCAACCAGACAGUAUCAUAUGAUGAAGUUGUUGCAAGGGUUUCGAGCACGGAGGUCACUGGAAAUCCAUGCUUUACUACCAACCUUAAGCAGAGGACAUAUGAGCUGUUUAUUCCAGCAAAUGUGGUUAGAGAACAUGCGCUUACGUUUGGAGAUAGCAUCAAGUACAUUGAUGCAGAAGGGGUCAUGAAAGGGGGAAGAGGGAAAUGAUCUGAUGAUAGGGUUUGCUUCAAAGGAUGGAACAGAAUUUGUAGGAGGAACAGGCUUAGAGAGGGAGAUACAGUUAUCUGUGAGAUGCUUCAUGUCCGGAAGAAGGUUCACUCAAUCAAAAUCACAGUCACACGUGGUUGAGUCUCUUAUCAUCAGUUCAUCACCAUCACCAUCAUUAUCAAGAUGCAACAUGAGACAUACUUAAAAAAAAGCCACAGAGGCAUUACAUAAUAAGCAUUCAAAAUACAACAGAAACAUCAAUAAGCUCAUAACAGUCUUGAAACAAACAAACAUGACUGUUAUGAACUUAUUGAUGUUUCGUUUGUAUUUUGAAUGGUUAUUAUGUAAUGCCUUUGUGGCUUUCUUUUAACUAUCUUUCCUGUUGUAUCUUGCAUCCUUAUCAUGUAAUGCAUUUGUGAAUUUUUAAGUAUGUUUCUUAUAGUA